AUGAGGGAAAAGGCAAAAGAGGUUGCUGUGACUGACAAAUCUGUUUGUGCCACUGGUACUAGUGUCGAUGUUGGCACAGGGGUUGGUUCUGAUGCUGAUGGUUUAGAAACUGGUGGAGCCGCCGGCUCUUCUUCAUGGGUAGCCUGGGAAGUCGUGGCUGCUCGAGAUCGAGUGGUCAUGAUGAUGAGAUUUUCCUUUUCCUUUCACACUCUUCUCCUUCUCCUCCUCUCUGCGACUGUUAUGGGUGCAGCUAAUCAUGGAGAGAAGAAAGAAAGCUCAUUUCCACCUAAGAAGUUACUCACUUCUCCAAAGAAGCUGUUGCCCUUAGAUUUAGAGAGCUUGUCGUUUGGGUACUAUGCCGAAACAUGUCCGGCUCUUGAGGAGAUUGUUUAUCGCAACGUGAACGGCUGGAUCGACAAGGAUUACACUCUCGGUGCCAGCCUCAUUAGGCUGCACUUCCACGACUGUGCUAUUAGGGGAUGUGACGCUUCAAUUCUCUUAAACCACACCGGCAGUGAAAGGAGUGCCAAAGUUAGUAAGUCACUGAGAGGUUUUAAUGUGAUUGAUGACAUUAAAGCCGAGGUCGAGCAGAAGUGCCCGAAAACCGUCUCUUGCGCUGACAUACUCACCGCUGCAGCUAGGGAUGCCACUGUUAAGAUUGGAGGCCCGUUCUGGGAAGUCCCAUAUGGAAGGAAAGAUGGGCUUGUAUCAAUUGCGAAAGAAGCCGAUAUGGUCCCCAUGGGCCAUGAGAACAUCACGUCGCUCAUCGAAUUUUUCCAGUCCAGAGGACUCAAUGUACUUGAUCUGGUUGUCCUGUCAGGAUCACAUACGAUUGGAAGAAGUACUUGUGGUUCGAUCCAAGACAGGCUCUACAACUUCAAAGGAACUGGCAAACCAGAUCCCUCCAUUGAUGCAAAAUAUCUCAACUUCUUGAAAAGAAAGUGCAGGUGGGCUUCUGAAUAUGCAGACCUUGAUGCGACCACCCCAAAGACCUUCGAUUCGACGUACUAUAAUAACUUGCAAAAGAAUAUGGGAUUGUUGUCCACCGAUCAAUUGCUGUACUCUGAUCCACAGACGGCGCCUAUCGUUAGCGCAUUGGCUACACAACCCAUGCUCUUCUACCAGCAAUUCGGAGUGUCGAUGGUGAAUGUUGGAAACAUGCAAGUUCUCACUGGCAAAGAUGAAGGCGAGAUCCGAGUGAACUGCAAUUUUGUGAACUAUUGAGGCGUCUCUUUGUCCAUCUUGCUUUUUUCAAUUAAUUGCUUUGAAUAAUAAUCAAUGUGAAGAUUAUCAUUUUGAAUAUUCAUUUUUAUUCAUGGUGGCAGCAUUAAUGCAAUCCAUGAUGUUUUUGCAUCCGAAGAUUGUUUAUUUUUUCUUUUUCUUCUUUCAAAAAUAAUGAAAUUAUGUUGAGUCCAGGAGAAGGUUGUUUAUUAGUGAUUCAUAAUGUACAUGGGAAUUCCUUUGGAUUUGGAAUAACUCCAAACAAUCAUGGAUGGAUCAUGUAAUAAUUUGGUUGACCAUGGAUGGCUGGAAGGAAAAAUUACAGAAUGGCCUAUAUUCAUUUGGAAAAUAUAGGUUUGAUAGA